AAAGCUACAGCCUCCAAUGUUUGGGUCCUUACCACCUCCUCGUUGAGCAGUUAAACGAGGUAAAAUUAAUCGGCUACAAGUCUCUUGUGAAUUUAUAUGGACGUGAGUUAUCUGAGACAACAGAGUGGGGUUGCUGCAAUGACUGUCAUAAUUGGCUUUGAGGGAAGUGCCAACAAGAUCGGCAUUGGCAUCAUCAGGGACGGAGAAGUGCUUUCCAACCCUAGACGGACCUACAUCACGCCCCCUGGUCAAGGGUUCAUGCCCAGUGACACAGCCAGACACCACCGUGCUGUCAUCCUGACUGUCCUGAAGGAGGCCCUGGAGGAAGCAGGGCUGAAGCCUGCGGACAUUGAUGGUGUUGCGUACACCAAAGGCCCUGGUAUGGGUGCCCCCCUGGUGACCGUGGCUCUGGUAGCCCGGACGGUGGCACAGCUUUGGGGGAAGCCGCUCCUCGGUGUCAAUCACUGUGUCGGACACAUCGAAAUGGGCCGACUUAUCACCAAAGCCAACAACCCCACUGUGCUUUAUGUUAGUGGAGGGAAUACACAGGUUAUUGCAUACUCAGAACGGCGAUACCGAAUAUUUGGAGAGACUAUUGACAUCGCUGUUGGCAACUGUUUGGACAGGUUCGCCCGAGUUAUUAAGGUUAAAUCAAAGAUAUCCAAUGAUCCCAGUCCAGGCUACAACAUAGAGCAGAUGGCCAAGAAAGGGACUCAGUAUGUGGAGCUGCCUUACACAGUUAAAGGGAUGGAUGUGUCAUUUUCUGGAAUUUUAUCUUACAUUGAAGAAGCCGCUCAUAAGAUGCUGAGCUCGGAUCAGUGUACUGCAGAGGACCUGUGUUUCUCUCUGCAGGAGACAGUGUUUUCCAUGCUGGUGGAAAUCACAGAGAGGGCCAUGGCUCACUGUGGCUCCCAGGAGGUCCUAAUCGUUGGGGGCGUUGGCUGUAACCUGCGUCUGCAGGAGAUGAUGGGGGUGAUGUGUAAGGAGCGAGGUGCUAAGCUGUUUGCCACAGAUGAAAGAUUCUGCAUAGACAACGGAGCAAUGAUCGCUCAAGCUGGCUGGGAGAUGUUUAGGUCAGGUCAGGUAACCAAACUUGAAGACUCGUGGAUCACACAAAGUGAGCUUUAACAUUCCAUAGGUACAGAACAGAUGAAGUAGAGGUGACGUGGCGAGACUGAUUGAUGGAGACCCAUCUUGGCGCUAAUGGAGCUGUUGUAACAGUGGGUGUAGUACUCCUAGCCUCUGACAUAGAUACAGCUCUGUUGCAUUUGAGAAUUUUCAUGCAGAGUCCUGCACACUCCUUACUGUUCAACCUGUAAACACAUCUGAAGAGCUCAGAAUGUUAGUCUCACAUUUAAUUUAUUGUAUAUUUGUUUAGGUUUUGUCAGACAAGCUAUGGCUGUUAAAAACAGGCUUGUUUUUUCACAUUUGAACACAUUAUGAAUUUAGAUCAGUCUUUGAUUAUGCCUAACAGGAGCAGUGUGCUAAAGUAAACAAGGCCAGAACAGGUUCUGUAUAGUAAUAAAUGUAUACUUGAUAAAGAAAGGCAAAAGAUGUUUAUUCAUUUUUAUUAUGCAAUACUGUUCACUUACAUUUCUCCAGUGUAUUUUUAUUUAAAUUGUCCUCAAAAAUCAAAUACUAAUAUGAUGACAACCAAAUAAAAGGAACACAGCAUUAAGAACUGGUAAAGGGUAAACUCCAUUGUGCCUCUAAACCGAAGAGACAUACAGAAAUUCUCUGCAUACAUGAACCAUAAAACUUGAGCAGGAAUAAGACACUGCUCUGCUUCUAAUUUGGGGCAGGGGAAUAAAUCACUCUGGUGAGGGUUUCUUGCACACAGGAAUUGGUCACAGAUUUUUUUUUUUUUUUUU